UACACUACAUGACCUUUGAACAUAAAAUAAUAGACCUCUUUUCUAGUGAGUGUCUGUAUAGUAUCAGGUGUGUAGAAUGGAAUAAGUGGGUGUGUGUCAUCAGGUGACUGUACAUCACUGCUGAGGCAACCACUCGGGCAACCAUGGUUAAAAAAGAAGAUAAAAGUUCAGGAUCAAAUACAAUGAAAGAUAGGAAACCUGCAAAGGAAAGUUAUUUAAGAAAAUGCUGUUCAUUGAGUUCAUUGUUUCGUUUUCUUAGCAUAAUCACAUUUCAAUAUAUUCACUCAGAUUUAAGCAGCAGCAGCAGCUGCAUAAAGUGUUUGCAAAUUGUAUAUACCAUCAUAUUUACAGGGUUAUUGGGGUUAGCAGUCAAUAUCUCUCCUUUAGCUGUGUUCCUUUAUGACUGGAUAGCAUGUCCAAUGGAAUAUUAUGAUAUGUGUUUUAUAUUUGAGUUUCACAGUGAUGAUCCUAACAAUACCAAAGUACCAGUAAUAGUUAUGAGGAGCAAUGAAGGUGAUUAUAUUAAUUAUACAGUCACACGCCAAGCAGUCCAGCCAUUUGAUGAUCUUGCCAAAUUCACCUUUCUCUUUAUUUUGGUCUCUGGUGCUCUAUCAUAUGCUAUCUUCUGCUUUCCACUAAUUCAUCAUUACAUUUGCUGUAAAGAUAAAAAGUUAUUCCAUCCAUUUCAUGAUAGUACUAAGAGCACUACUGAUGAUACUGAUCCUCAUAUUACCACUUAAUUAGAAGGAAAAGAGUGUAUAUACUUCUAUGUGUUUCUCACAGCAAAUCUCCUCUUUUUGCUUGCUACAUGGCUUCUCUUCCUUUGCUUACAGUAUACUAAAGAGGUUAGGCCUCCUUCCAAGGAAAAGAAUAACACAAUUUCAUAUCCAUGGUUUGAAGGUGUUACUGUGUUCAUAUUCUUUUAUUCACACUGGUGUAGUGUUAUCAGUUGCUUUAUAUUUGCCAAAAUAAUGUACGGGAUUCAGAAUAAAAUUAAAGCAGCAAAGUCUACAGGCAAUUUAGAAAUACUAAUAGAACAAGAUGAUGAUAAAUUUAUUAAACGUGCAACAAAAACUCUUGAUUAUUUCCAGUUCUGGUUCUUCAUUCAUUGGGUGUUCUACAUCGUCACUUCAUUUCUAAUGAUUGCUCUCUCCAUUGAAGCUAUUCUACUACACAUCAGAGCAACACAAGCUCACAAUCAACCUGGAGUCCAUUUUAGUGAUGGACAGAUGUGUCUACUUGUCCUUCUUUCCAUUUCAAAUGUUUUUAUGUUUAUCUAUCCUUGUA